AUGAGCCGCCCACCCAGCAUCCCUUCCCAUGGAGGGCCUCCAGCAUCCUACCAUACCUACCCGUCCCCGCCAGGGCCCUUCUCACAUGCAGAGAACGAGCAUAGACAUGUAAAAGAACCAAUUGAAAGCCAGAGCAAUACACGACGACUUCCUAGCCUUCGCACUCUCUUGGAGCCUGAGCUUCUCGACAAACCUUCAGACUAUCCGCUGCGCCAAAUCGUACCUCAACACAGACCCAAUGUUUCUCCACAAUAUGCAUCGCGGAGCCCCACUACUUUGAAGCGACGACACGACUUUGAUAGCCACGGACAGGAGCAGUUCGAGCGCAACGCACCGUCACUGCAGAUGUCUUACGUACACCGACCGCCACCGUCUCAGGCUCAAGCUGAGCAGCACUCUGCGACUCCUUCGACGCCAGGGUCUGCGCUCAGUAAUGCGUCGAUGGAGUACCAACGCCAUGGAAGCUUCAAGGCGAUGCACGAAAACAUUCCUGUGAGCGCCUUCCGUCAGCCAUCAAUAGUGUCCGAAUCGAUGGUUGCACUAUCUAGCCGCCCAAUGUAUGACGACAUGGAAGAGAAUUCCAGACCGGUCAGAAGACGCGUCGAUGCACUCUCACGCGCCCCUGUUCGUGCGUCGAGGUGUAUUGCUCAGCGUGAAAUGCCAGGUGAAGGCCUUUGCUACAUCUACGAAGACGGGACGUUUUGCAGAGCCGUCAUAGAUGGCGAACCAGUCAAUCCUUCAUGGGGUAUAACCAAAGCAGGCAAACCGCGUAAACGGCUAGCUCAAGCAUGUUUGACCUGUCGAGAGAAGAAGAUCAAAUGUGAGCCAGGUUUCCCCAAGUGCCACCAGUGCGCCAAGUCUCAGAGGGUCUGCAAAGGGGGCAUGAGCCAGCCGAAUCAAUCGAGCCCAGGCAGUGGAUCAGCCGCUGCAUCACCACCAGACAUGGGUAUCGCACCUCUCCAAAGCUAUACUGCAGAGUCUAUGAGUCCUUCAAUGGGCCCAGAGACCGUUAAUCGCAUUGCGGAUUUGAGAGAGAGCUUGCGAACAGCUGAUGCUCGGCACAACGGAUGUCCGUUGAAAGCUCGGGACCAUUUGCCACUACCUCCAAACAUUGGCACUCGGGACAUGUCAGUUCAUUCAUUCGAAUCCGACAGGAGUGGCUCGAUGAAUUACCGAGAUCACCAUGAACGAAGUGGUGGUUUAUACCAGGAUCAUUUUGCACUGCAGUGGGAACAAGAUCCCAGCGAAAUGGAUCCCAAAACAACAUCACACAUACUGGACCUGUACUUCCAUCAUGCAGGGCGGGCAACAUAUGGCAUGUUCCCACGUAAAGCCUUCAUGUCGUGGGUGCAAUCCAGUCGACUAAGCAAGUCUCAAGAUGAUCGCAUGCUCUUGUACUCGCUACUCGCCAUGGGCUCGCUUUUCUCACCCGAUGCUGACAAACGCGCACUCGGAAAGCGAUUCGCUGCCGUCGCCACAUACGCUGCGGAGAAGCGAUUUGGGAAAUUCAGCCUGCAACUUUGCCAGACUCGCCUUUUGCUUGCGCUCUACCAAUUCGGUCAAGGCAAGGCGCCAGAGGCGUGGGAUUUCUGUGGUGGCGGACUCCGUGCGAUCAGUGCCUUGAACCUGAACACCGAAGAGGGUGUGAAGGAGCUGGCAGAUGGAUCCCCUGGAUAUGAAUACGGGUUCGAUCGUCAGACCUUCGAGGAGUGCUGUCGACGGACCUUUUGGUCAGGGUUCCUGAUGGAUGUAAGUCUGCAUGUCACGCGGCUAACUACCAUCGAUGACCUAAUACAACAACAGCGCUACAACGGAUUCUUUGGUGGAACACUCUUUGUUGUCAGCAUUGAAGAUGCUUUCGUCCGACUCCCAUGUAUCGAGGCUACCUUUGAGGCUGGUGCACCGUGCGACACUCCAAGUUUCGAUUACGAGCUUCUGAACCGCUUCGCACCGAAGACCCCUACUCUUGGUCUUAUGGCGUACCUUUGCCUCAUAUCAGCCCUUUGGGGUGAUGUGCUGACAUUCACCGGACGUGCAGCUCGCCGUCCGGAUACUGGCUACGAACAACAUUACGAGCCAUUCUAUACCAAGGCGUACGAGCGCUUAGAGGGCUGGCAUGCUAUGCUGCCUGCCAACCUACGAUACUCCAGACAAAACCUGGAGAUCAGCAUUGCCGAAGGCAACGUUGGCACCUUCAUGUCACUGCAUGCCCUUUAUCAUGCAACUGCCAUCCGGCUCAAUCGCCGGAUCCGCGUGAAUGCACUGCCUGUCGGAAAAUUAAGUCGCAACAUCGAAUACGCACUCCAAAACGCCUCGACGUUCCUGUCGAUGAUGCAAGAUCUGGCCCACAUCACUGGGCAACGCCGCGACCAUGCCCCAGAAUACUUCUUUUCAACACCAUUUCCUGGCUACGCGUUGAUGCUGUCAAUUGACGUUCUAUCAUCUGCCGGAACAUUCACUACACUACCUCAUCUGAUCGACACGAUCAGCACUACGAUGUCUUGCAUCGAAGAUCUUGCCAUGUUCUGGGCGUCGGCACGAGCACAGCAAAAGGCUGUUUCCAACCGACUAAGACAGCUCACCGACAUCGCCAUGGAGCACCGACAAGGAAGCAACCAAGUCCAAGGACACACAGGGCGAUUCUGGAGAAUCGCCGACAGUCUCGACGUGGCAUUUGGCAAGGACGAUGCCAUAUACCGAGCAAGCGACGAAGAGCUCUUCAAGGUCGUAGGUCAGGUCAUACACCACUGA